UUCACAGUAAACAUUUACAAAAACUCAGCACAGAUCAUAAAAUUCAUUAAUAUGAGAGAACAAGUGUAAGCCCGACUGGCACAACCGCAGUAAUAACGUGACUAUUUUUACGUUGACGCAUAGACACAUCAACGGCGGUUGUCAAACUUAUUGAAUAUAAAUACUUAGUAUAUUUUUUCUCUCUUUGAGUGUAUAUACAAACAUGGAGGCUGUUGAUAAAACCGCUACCUUACCAACCGGAAACUUUGUUGAAGCCGUACGCACAUCGUGUCGUGCUUUGACAGAGAAAAGCGAUAAAGUCAAAAUAUCCAAGCAGGGUAUUGACCGCUUUUUGAGUGAGCUUGAUAAGAAGCAGUAUGACGAGCUUUCUUAUGAUUCAUCAGUUAUCUUGCCUCUCAAGUUUUCUACUAUGGAAGAAGAGCUCAAUUUCAUUUCCGUCAUUAAUUUGUUGAAUUUUGGUAGUGGAUAUCGAUUAGAACUUCAUAAAUAUGCUGGUAGAGGUGCUUUUGAUACGAUCCGCUAUGGUGUCAUGGCUAUGCAUAUUGGUGGAAUUCCUAUGGACGCAAAGACAUUUAGCGAGAUUGAUAUCUUCAAGGUUUCUGAAAUCUUCCAGUUCCCUAUCGAUAAGGAAGUUCGUCACGAAACAUUGGACUUUGUUACCAUGUCUCAGCCAACACCCCUGAAGCCAUUGGCUGUUGGCAUCACCUCGACAUUGAACACAACUGGCAAGUACUUGCAAGACCACAGAUACAAGAGUCUUGCUCAUUUCAUCUUGGAUCAUGCCAAAAAGCAACCCAAGGAUGCGCUCUAUCUAGUCGAAGCUUUGGUCAGAGCUUUCCCUGCAUUACACGAUCAUUAUGUAUUUGGCGACGAUAAGGUUUAUCUGUUCAAGAAGGCACAAAUCAUGGUGUAUCAUCUCUGGUUCUUGCUGAGACAUCAAGUCCCUGAUCUUUUUGACUUUACGAAUAUCGACAGUUUGACUGUCUUUGCUGAUAAUGUGGUACCUACGAUGCUCAUUCAUCUGGGCGUUAUGGAAAUAGCUGACGAAUGGAAGGAGACGAUUGAGAAGAAUGUCGACCUGUCUGUAGAAGUGACUACGGCCUUAAGAGCCGCCAGCGUUGCUGCCUGUGAGGAUAUUGUUCACGCAUCUAAUGGACUGAUGAAUACCGGUGGUUUGGAUGUUUACUUGUGGCAACUUGGCAAAGUGGGAGACUAUAGAAAAAUACCUCGUUUGCAGUUAAAAGAUACAAUUAUGUUUUAAAAAUAAAAAUUUACGCCUAGUUUUUUU